UAGAAAAAUUAAAAUUCAAAAAAAAAAGGAAGGGAUAAUUUGUAGAACCAAGCGUAGAAACGAUAGGCUCCUAGUUCCUAAAUUAUACAGAGUUAAUAUUGCGAAUCAAACCCCACAAGUUUCUCAAAAUCCCUCCCAUUUUUUUAGCUUAGGGUUUUCUUAUUAAAUUUUUACAUAUAAAUAAAUUGGUAUUAAUCCGACACAGAACGGCAGAAGAUCUAUCUGAGGGAGUUGUCGUUUCACCACCAUUUUGCUAACGAUUACAAAAAAAACCGGGUGUACACGGAUGUACGACAGUGGCGCUGAAUUAGGUGAGACAUACAUGUUUAAUCCACACAUACUACAUGUUUUACAGAGCAAAGGCCAUUUAUUAUUACUAAAUUUAUCAAACAUGCAUGAUUAUAUAUAGAUGUGUAUUCCUCAUAAAAUUAUCCCAUUAUAGAUCUUGAAUAACGCAUGUCUUCUUGCUUAAUUAAAUUCGGCUGGAAUCGCCAAUGUCAAGCAAAGCCAAGCUUUCACAGUAGGUUGCUGAUUGAAGUUCAAGAGCAGAUCUGUAGUCAUACCCCUCCAGUUUCUUGAAGGAACCGCCAUGGGCAGAAUUGUAAAACACCAGCUCUGUUCCCAGCUUAAGCAAAAACUCAGCCCCAUUUUCUGACAUAUACACCACAGACACAUAACCUCUGAAAUCACCACAAGGCAGCAAAGAGACAGAAGACACUUUAGUCCAAGAUUCAACCAGCCCAUACUGCUUCAUCACCCACACAUCCACCAUCUUCUCUGCAGAAGAUAUGUAACAAGCUGCCAGGUGCUUACCAUCCAGAACCUCAAGUUUCAAGCGAAAUUUCUCAUUUUUAAAGAUUUGAGGAAUUGAUAUGGUCUUAUACUUGCCCUCCAUUAUACCCAGAUCGAUGGCAAUAAUUUCCCAGAAAUCAUCCGCGUGGCGAAUUUCCCAGAAAUCAUCCGCGUGGCGAAUUUCCCAGUGAAGAGCUCCAUUGAGAAAGACCCCGCAUUUUCCGUUUAUAUACCCACUGCUAAACCCAGACAUCAUAGUCCAAGAAUCAGUCUUUAAGCUAUAAGACUGGACUUCAUUGUCAUAUCUACCCCCGGAUUGGUAGAAACUGGAGACUUUUAUGAGUUUGUAAUCCUCUGUGUGUUCAUCGAAACCGAACCCAUAUCUGACAUAGCAUCCGGUCUUUCUCUGAACCCAAAGAUCUGGGAAUUCCCGGGAUUUUCUUGUUGAAGGAUUCCAUAUGAGCAGUUUGAGAGCAACAGUGGAGAGGCAGAUCAGCCCUUUACAAGAACCUAAGAUUCUCGGAGAUUUACAGGGAGAAGUGGACAAACGGCUGAGAUCGGGUAAAACCAGAGAGGGAUUCUCACGGGAAAAUGAAUGAAUGGAACAGACUCUCCCCUGGCCGGAGAUUGUAGCAAGGAGGAGAAGUCGCCGGCUUUCGUGUUUUUGGGCGGAUAUUUCCCUAUGGGCGAUGACAAAGCGUUGGCUUGAGAUCAAGAAUCGCCAUGAUUUCGAAACGGAUAUGAAUCGCAGGAGGCAUUCCACGGGCAAUCUUGUUAGAAUUUCUGUGAUGAUUUCUGGGGGGAGAUUGGGCAGCGUUAGGGAUUCUUGGAGUGAAAGAACGGUCGUUUCUUGAGAUGGUGGGCACUCCCUUUGGGCCACACUCGCCAUCGAUAUUUCGUAGGUGGACUGAUCUGGUUCGGAUAUAUUCUGAUAAUACCAGAUAUGGUAUGUGAUCAUUUUUACCAAAAAUGAAGUACGUAUAUAUUGAUUGAGGAUUGAAGGGGUAGCUCCGACCUCGUACGGAGCUUUCAAUUAUUACUAGUAUUAUAUUCCCAACAAUGACUUGGAAAAGUCCUCACUUGUAUUCAGAUUAUAUGGUGCUAGAGGGUACACGUCCGUUCCCCAUUUUCCACAUAUUCCUAAUUACUUUUCCUUCUUUUUUCUUUGGAUAAGUCUCUUCUGCACAUCGGGUAACAUGCUCAUUGUUUUAUUUUUUUCGCUUUGUAAAGAGAAUUGUGGCGUCAUUCGGGUGAUGCUAUGAUACUCCGUAAUAUAAAGAGUGUUGUGCAUUACCUUUUUUCAAAGUAAACAAAUUCUCUUUACAAAAAUGAAAAACUAUCAUCUCAACACAGACAAAAAAAAACUAGCGUGUAACUCAUCGUGUACACUAAGAAAGAUUUAUUUUCUUUGAUUUGUAGUAUAAUUUGUUGCAUACCUAGUUUUAAUGUUUCUUAUCUAAAAUUUUAAGAUAUUAUUUGAGAUGACCUGAUGGAGUAUAUGGCCCAGGAACCCCCGACCCAUAGACUCCCACUACUAUAGUGAAGGCCCAAUAGGCUCAGGAAGCACAGCAGGCCCAAAUCACAGCGCCCCAAGUACCAAACAGCCCAUGCCGAAUAUUGGGGGUGCCUUCGGUAUCUAGAGUACAGUACCAAACAGCCCACGACGAACACUGGGGGUGCCCACGACGAACACUGGGGGUCACGGGCUUACAGUACAGUUGCUUUUAAGCACUCAAAGUGUCUGGGAGAAAGCGGCGAAAACAGUAGCCCUCGGUAUCUAGAGCCCUCGGCACCUAGAGGCCCCCGGGAUGAAGAGCCUUCGGCUAAUCAUUUACGGCCGAAGGCUUCUCCUCGACAGAAUCUCCCACCCACAUGCGCUGGAUCAACGUACCGAGUACAAACGUCACAUCCAACCACCGCAUUUAAUGCGGCCACAUGCGAGUGUUAACGUCAUCCCGUUGAGGUGACCCCUCGACCAUCAGAAUGAUGACACCGAUCGUUAACAACAAACCUGAAAAGCUAAUUGAACUAACUUUAGAAGAUCCAGAGUACGUUCCUAAUCUUCAAAAUCUUAUAUGGUAUUGUAUUGAGUUUGAUUCCUAUUCAUUUAUGAUGAAUCUCUUUUUUUGUAGCGGAAAUCGAAUUGGAUGCACAUUGUGGAACAAUUACUGCAAGCAGUUCACUGAUUUUUAUGCUUCUCACAACAAGGAACCCAUCUACAUCAUCUUAUAAAUGGGAAGACCUAGACGCUAUCAAGGUCAAGUGUUUGUUGGUAAAUCUUAUGAUGUUUCCAAAUUGAUAAUAAAUGGUUCUACCCCAGAGUUCGAAGACUACAAAGCACAAUUCGGACCAGAUGAAGAUAAUACAACAAUGACUACCUUCACUACAAAUUCAAUGGGUCAAGGCAGUGAGGACGUUUUUAGAGGAAAGGCUACUAUCACAAACAUUGCUGAUUUGCUAAAGGAACCGCAGGAUGGAACCUAUUGGCUACUUGGUGAGAUUGUAUCACUAGACAACUACAAGGACUGGUGUUACCUUAGCUGCCCAACAUGCAACAAGAAAAUCAAGCCAGAAGAUGAAAGGUUUAGAUGCAUCACAUGUGAUACAACUCUUCCCGAGGGGAUUUUGAGAUACAAAGUUUCAGUUUGUGUCAUGGAUGACUCAGGUCACACUACAUUCACCUUAUGGGAUAGGGAAUGUAUUGACAUUGUUGGUAAAACAACAGCAGCAUUGAGGAACGAAGUUGAAAAGGUUUUUCAAAACACUUUUAAUUUACAUUUGUGAUGGUUACUCACUACGAUUUUCAUUUCCAGAAAACUGGAGAUCCAACCCACUUCCCAGAGGACAUAGAGGCUAUAAUUGAUCAAAGAGGCAUCUUCAAAAUUCAAAUCAAAGCAAGAGACGAAAGUAGUUCUUACAAAGGUCUGGUUUCUUUUGGGAUUCUUGCAAUGAUACGAGAUAGAUCUAUCUUGGACCUUUACACCAAAAAUGAAAGCCAUUCACUAGAAAUGGAUGAGAACGCAGAUGUAGAGAAGUAUACAGGCUGUUUUGAUUGAAGAUGAUGAUUUCGUGUCACCGACCCAAGUUCAAGACAGAGACGAAAGGAGGUUAACUGAAAAGAGUCAGGAAGUGGAUUGCCAAGAAACACCAACAGCUAAUCGGAAAAGUGGCCAUAUUGAAGGGAACGAACAACUUAAGAGGAAUCUGAAUGACCAGUUUUCAGCUAACGGAAACAACAAAAGGAGGAGUAUACGCAUAAAGAUUGAGAAAGAAUAGGGGAGACUUAACCUCAGGCUCGGCUACAUUUUGUUGACG